AUGGCACGAUUCUACCCACUCUACGUGCGUCGCAGUGAUGGCAAGCUCGAGAUCAUCACAAAGGGCGCCAAGCGGAAGGAGACGAAUUCGCCCACCGACGACCAGCUGGAUCAGAAGGCGGACAAAGAUGGCGUCAGCGACUACUACCGGGAGGUCAAGCCUGAAGAGACGAAACACCUGGACUGGCGGCGCAAGCUUGGUGGCAUGCUAGCAAGAGAGCUGGACUGGAAGGACAAGUCGGGAAGCGACCACGGCUACAUUCUCGUCAGCUUCCCCGAGAACUAUCGCCUCUACGAGCACGUGAAAAAGACAGAAAGAGAUGGCGAGCUGGAAGUCAAGAACAAGACACACGCCGCCGGUGGUAACGACAGACAAGAUGCAUACCUCUAUGGCCAUCCUGCGGGACGUCGGAAACGCUUCAGGAGUCCAAACGACUUCUUCCCGCAUCUGCUGUGGCUCAGCACCGACGAGAGCGGCGAUCCAGACAACUGCAGCUGCAAAAUCUGUUCUCCCGAAGAUCUUGAGAAUCUAGUACCAGGUGCUAAGCUCAAGGCUGAGAGGUCUUUCAAGCAGGACUCUGAAGCGAAGCCCAGCAUCAACCAACCAGCGCCGAUGGCACGGCUGAGCAGUGCGCAGAACAUCAAAGCAACGCCACCUGCUCCGAAGCCGGUGCCAACUCCUCUAUCUCCUGCAAAGUAUCCAGACCAGAACAUCGACAGACAAUACAAAGGCUUCAUGUUCCGACCUGGCGAACUUGUCUGGUUCUCGCGUGGUCAAGCAUGGGGUCUUGCUACGGUGCUGGGACGGUGGAUCAAGAACUCGGGCGGCAGCAACAGAAACACCUUCCACUAUUCCGUACAGCCAUUGUCGCACCCAGGCGGGAACACUGUACCCAUGACGAAGACAACAGAGGAGCUGCGUCCGUGGCUGGCUUGGAGCGUACCUCAGUUCACUAUGAGCGUCCUGAAUUCCAUUGCAGAGCCGCCGCGAUACGAGCAUGCUGACUGGCAUGGCAUGCUGCACGGCAAGUAUGGCAAGGGUGACUUGGAGGUUGAUGCUUCAAUCCUGGCCUCCAAGAUGGUCGACUCGACGUAUACCCCGUUCAACAGAAGCAAAGCUACGCAGCCGGAGGCUGGCGUGUUCCAGCAGCACUACGACGGCAUCUACCUGGGUUGCGAGAAGAUAUGGGUCGGUGAUCCAGUACGACUGCACAUUGGCUCUGGCACCGACAUCAUUGUCGUGCACGACAUCGUCGAGCGCAAGAGAGUCUCGGCGAUGAACCCUAAGCAGGUUCUGGAACAGUCGUGCAGGCUCGUGGGCGAUGUUUACAAGCUGUCCGCCGUCACCCAUCGAGACCCCAAUGUGCCAACUCCGGCUUCACCCAACAACAACCCACAGCUACCGCAACGCUUGACGGACGACUUGGCUUACCGGAACUCGCUUUCGAUCCGCAUAAGACAAGUGGCCAACUACUGGCAGCUGAUCAAACCAGGCCACGCUGUCAAUCUGGACGACAUCAAGGGUCGCUGGUACGAGGCCAGUCUCCUACUGCCCCUACUCCAGCCAGCACUUUUUGCCGGCGCGCAGAAAAAAGGCGAGGUCCAAGAAUCCUCCCUAUGGAUGAACAGCCGCGGCGACUGCAUCAACAGCAACAGACCAACCCAUCUUCCGCGCCUCCCUCGUGAGAACCAUCGAAGAGACUCCCGGAAAUUGGCGUAUGGCCAAUCUAUCCCACCAGAUGCUGAGUUCAAGGAUGGUAUUCAGCCUCUGGACACGCAGCCGGAGAAUGUUGAUCCCAAUCUCGAUGGCUCUGCUGCUGGAUCUAACAGUGAUAAUGCAAUUGACAUUGAUCCGAAGUUUGAUACUGCUGAUGAUGCGUUGCAUCAAGACACAGGUCAUGGUGGGCUGGAUGAGUUCAUGAACCUUGAUGGUAUGGACGAUUCGAAUUUGACGGAUUUUGGAGGGUCGUACUUUUAG